AUGAAACUGAUGGAGAAAACACCUACAAUAAGUCCAUUGGAGAAACGCAUUGAGGAGUUGAGCCACCGAUUUGCGAUCGAGCGUGCCGUGGCUGAAGGAGCCAAACAUGCCAUCCAGAAAUUGGAUGGAAAGCCGCUUGUUGAGGCACAAUCAAUACUACAGGCGUCAAAUGAAAAGCUGGACCUCCUUAAAUAUUCCUUGGAGGAACGAGUGAAAGAACUUCCUGAUGGCCACCAUAGGAAGAGUAUAACCACCGAGGAACUGUCCCUUGGUUCAGUCAAAUCCAAGUCCAUAGCACUAACGGGUACUCUGAAAGUGCGAGUAAAGGGCUGUCACGGUAUUCUGGAGAAUGUACCUGGCAGACUAAAGGACCCGUCAGAUGUUCUCCCUGGCAGGAGUCCACGUCGAGGAAGAUUCUUAUUAAUGAACCGGAUCAGAAGAAACAACCGUGGCAGCAAUCAGAACAUCCAAGAGACUUUUGACUUUUCUAAAUACAGGAGAUUAGACUCCUUUGAUGAAAGCAAACCUCUAGAGCUUUGUGUAAAGCUAAUAGAUGAACCUUUAUAUUGUGAAGUCCGUACUCAGCUGAAGAUCGAUCAUAUUCCAGUGGGUUCAACAAGUUGGAAAACUGUUUCUAACCCAUCCUGGAAUAAGACAUUUAAACUGGAUUUAGAUAAGUCUCGGGAGCUAGAAAUAUCCUUAUAUUGGCAUGAUCAGAGAUCACUGUGUGCCACAAAGACUCUGAAGUUGGAAGAAUUCCUGUUGAACCCCAAACAGGAACUGUGUCUACAACUGGAACCACAGGGCACCCUUUUCAUCAAGGUGACGUUUUCCAGUCCUUUCACCCAGAAAAGGCCAAAGCUUCAAACAAUUAAGAAAUUAAUCUCCUCAAAACAAGAGGAGACCACCGAACCAGCUCCACUGGAGGAUGCAGCUAUUGAUGCUCAUUCGCUGCCAGAAUCGGAUACUGAGAGCGUGGAUUCAUCGGCGCCGGCUGUGGAUACUGAAACGGAAAAGACCAUCCAGCCAGCUCCAGAAGAAGAUGUUGUUACUGACAAUCCUAUAUUGCCAGUAGCCACUGAGAGCAUGCGCCCAUUAACACCUGAUGCUGAUACCAUUACAGAAGAGACCUUCCAACCACCUCCAGUGGAAGCUACAACUAUUGACAAUGUACCAGUAGUGGACACUGAGAAUGUGGAUUCAACACUACCAGCUAUCAACACCAUUAGUACAGAAACUAUCCAACCACCUCCAGUGGAAGCUAGAAUUUUUGACAAUGCUCCACUGCCAGUAGCAGUAGAGGACUCUGUGAGCAUGGAACCAUUACCACCAGCUAUUGUAAGCUUGCUAGAAAUGACAAUCCAACCAGCUCUAGAAGUUGAUUUAGUUACUGACCCUACUCCAUUGCCAGUAAAGGACACGGACAGCGUGGAGCCAUCGGUGCCAGCUGUUGAUGAAAUUACAGAAAAGACAAUUCAACCAGCUCCAGAGGAGGAUGCAGCUAUUAAUCCUCAAUCACUACCAGUAGAGGACUCUGAGAGCAUGAAGCCAUUGCUGCCAGCUGAAGAUGAAGAUACAGAAAACAUAAUCCAACCAGCUCCAGAGCAGGCUGUAGUAAUUGACACGCCUCAAGUGUCAGCAGUGGACAAUAAGAAAGUGGAAUCAUCACCACCUGGUGCUGCUACUGAUAUGAAAAAAAACAUCCAAACAUCAACAGAGAAAGAUGCAGUUAUUGAUAUUGAUAACAUUGCAGAAGAAACCACUGGACCACCAAAGGGUUUAGUUCGUGACGCUGUUCCAUUGGCAGAAGCAGAUGUGGAAAAUCCAUCAUCAUCAGCUGGUAUUCAGCAAGGAGCUCGGCUGAGCAUUCAGGAUUUUGAUUGUCUCUGUGUGCUGGGAAGAGGAGCAUUUGGAAAGGUGGGUUAUGGUGUGAAUUCCACUUUCAAUAUAAAAGGUGUCAAGAUAAAUGCUAGGCUUAUAUGUGAAAAGGAAAUCCUACAGACUGUGAGCGAAGUACAGCAUCCUUUCCUUGUUAACAUGUUGGCAAGUUUCCAGACUCCGGGUCAUUUUUGUUUUUUAAUGGAGUAUGCCGCUGGUGGGGACUUAAUGACCGAUAUUAGGAACAACAACUUUCAGCCAUUUUCCACAACCAGAGCUGUGUUUUAUGCGGCGUGUUGUGUGCUCGGCCUGGAUUUCUUGCAUCAAAACGAUAUUGUUCACAGAGAUCUCAAAUUGGAAAACAUUGUAAUUGACAUAGAUGGAUUUGCCAAAAUUACAGACUUUGGUCUUAGUAAACAAGGGAUGGGAUAUGGAGAACAAGACAGAACAUAUUGUGGCACCCUGCAUUACAUGGCACCGGAAAUGGUUUGCGGUAAACCAUACACAACAUCUAUUGACUGGUGGAGUCUCGGUGCAGUUAUUUAUAUAAUGCUGUGUGGAAUGCUUUUGCAUAAAGAUCCCAAAGUCCGUCUAGGAGCCAGCGAGAAUGAUGCCUGGGAUCUGAAGAGCCACCCUUUUUUUAAACAAAUAGACUGGUUCGCAUUAUUGUUUAAGAGUGUCAGGCCGCCAUGCGUACCAUCCAUCGAGGGACCAGACGACGUCCGCUACUUUAAUAGAAUGUACACAUCAUGCGCCCCCAUUCUGACACCGCCAGGCGAGUCUGAGUCACUAUCUGAUGUAGAGCUGGAGCUAUUCAAAGAUUUUGACUGGGUUUCCGAUAGGAUUUAA